CAGACACCUCUUUGGCUGGACAUCUGGACCAUGGACAGGGGUCUGAGUGACGGGGACAGUGUGGUGGACCUCAGCUUCGAGGCCGAGAGUCCUCUGGCACCCCCAGUUGAACUCCUGGAGAGGCUGCCCAGCUAUGACUGCCUUUUUCAAGGAGGCGGACCGCAGGUUUUCUUCCCACCUUUGGAGGCCCCAAGGAGACGCCAGGAACAAACGUGCUGGUCCUCCUUCCUGGAGCACAGAGUCCCUGUGGUGACGGAGGAGGUGGCACGGGAAGCCCUCCUCACCUUUGUGAACUCCAAAUGCUGCUAUGGCAGCUCAGCCGCCAGCAAUCUCGUCAUCCAGGAGCUGAAGCAGCAGAUGCUGUGCAGGUAUCGACUGGAGACUUUCAGCGAAUCCAGGAUAAGCGAAUGGACAUUUCAACCCUUUACGAACCACUUGGUAGAUGGGCCACGAAGAGGGACCUCCCCCAGGCUUUGGGACAUCAAGGUCCAGGUUCCCCCGAUGUUUCAGGAAGAAACCAGGAAGUUCCAGGUCCCUCACUCGUCACUGGUCAAGGAAUGCCACAAAUGCCAAGGGCGCGGACGCUACAAGUGCAGCGGCUGCCAUGGGGCCUGCAUGGUGAGGUGCCCGUCCUGCAGUGGAGCCAAGCGCAGAGCCAAGCACCCUGGGAGGUGUCAGAUGUGCUCGGGGUCGGGCAGGCACAGGUGCGGGACGUGCUCAGGGAGUGGGAACAAGACCUGUGCCACCUGCAAAGGGGAAAAGAAACUGCUGCACUUCAUCCAGCUGGUCAUCAUGUGGAAGAACAGCCUGUUUGAGUUCGUGUCUGAGCACCAGCCCAGCUGCCCCGGGGAGCUCCUAGCUAAAGCCAGAGGAGAGAACAUCUUUAAGGAUGAAAACACGAUGGUGUACCCCCUCGUGGACUUCCCCCUGCGGGAGAUCUCGCUGGCCUCCCAGCGGGGCAUCGCCCAGCACAGUGCCGCCACCCUGGCCUCCAGAGCCCGCGUCCUUCAGCAGCGCCAGACCAUCGAGCUGAUCCCCCUCACGGAAGUUCACUACUGGUACCAAGGAAAGACUCAUGUCUACUACAUCUAUGGCACCGACCACAGGGUGUACGCGGCCGACUACCCCGAGCAGUACUGCUGCGGCUGCACCAUUGUCUGACUCGCCACGGCU